AUGGAUGAGGCCCGCACCCCCGAUCAACUGGAAUCGACCGUGCAACGCAGUCGUCGGUACAAGAUCGCCAGCAGUUUGUCCGGGCGUUCCCCAAAGCACGCAGCCUCCAAAGGUGGCGACAAUACUGGUCGCAAAAGUGAUAACGGAAAUGCCGGUAGCGAUCUGGCUAAAGCGGAGCGCCAGGUGUCCAAGUCUUCAGGACUUGGUGGCAAUGGUGCCAUAGUCACAGCUGCCACUGCGGCUUCAGCGAUGCCAGAUACCGCGGUUGGUGCCGCAACAUGUAGCAGCAUGGUCACCAGCGGCCUCAAUGCCGCAGCAUCUCCAUUAAUGCCACCGCUUCCACCGGGCCCUCCACCGCUCGAGAUCCUUCCGCCGCCCCCACCACUUCCCCCACCGCAGCCACUCCUUACAGUGCAUCCGCUAUCGCUGCCGCCGCCACCUCCAAUCAGCGCCGGGAGUACUCUUCCUCCCAGUCGAGACCGCACCGCCACCAGUACCCAGGUGGCUCCAAAGCAUGCCCCUUGUAGACAGACUGUACCAAGCCAAAGCAUCAAGCCGCAAGCGGUCCAGCCGCAGUAUGCUGCCCCACCGCCGGUCCCCUGUCGGCACCUUAACAUGCCUUACAUGGAUCGCGCCGCCUGCCAGCCGCUUCCCGCACCACCGCAACGCCAAACGGACGUCCCAGCGCGUCGCGAGGAUUACGCUGCUUCGCAGCACAAGCCGUACAAGUCGGCAUAUGCCAGCAAUGACCGCGAUCACAUCAGGGACGAUCGAGGCCGUUACGGCAGUUCUUACUACCGUGACUAUCGAGACCGUUACCCUGGUCGCGACUGCAAUCGCCGUGACUACCGUGACAGAGAUCAAGCCAGGGACUACAGCCGUGGCGAUCAUCGGGACCUCCGUGAUCGCGGCCGCAAUGACUAUCGCCGUGGCUAUGGCUACAGUGGCGACCGCAGCCCGUCGCGCCAUGACCGGCCUCGGCACUGGAAUCUCCAGGUGGAAGACCCGCGGCGAAAAGCCGCCGCUGUGGCAGCGGCACACGUGGAUGGAAAGGCGGCCGGUGCUACCAAGAGCGCAGCGAGCGGCAGCAACCAUGCCGGCAGUAGGGCCCAACCGCCCAAGACCUCUGCAGUCACCUCCGGGCCUGCGACUGCAACCGGCGAAGGCUCUGCAGCGGCCUCUGCAGCCGUUCCUGGCCGCAGGCCUGGCCCACCGCUUAUUGACCUAGCAACCCUGUGCAGCGGCUCCGACACUGGCACCGGCUCGUCGCCCAGCAACACCGACUCACAGUUGGACGGCAGUGCCUUGGGUGACAGCACCGCUACGCCUAGCGGGGAGCCCGAGACCGUCUCCAAUUCUGAUGAAGAUCAUAUGGAGCAGGGCCAGGUCCGUAAGAGCAAAAAUAGCGAGGAGGAUGGUGAUAACGAGGAGGGCACGUCGGCCAGACGUAGCAGCCAUGGUGCAGGAACUAAACGGAAGGUUGGUCGCAAGUCUGCUGGCGCGCGGAGCAGCAAGUCCAGCAGCGGCGUGGCGCGCCGCUCACGCAAGGACGUGUUGGCGGAGCUGGAGCGGGCGCUUGCGCGCGUGGCGCUGGACGCCAAGCCGGUGCCGGGCGCCGCCACUAUUCGGCUGUUUUGCGGCCACUGUGGCAAGGAACAGCCAUGGGACACUGCCGGCGAGCGUGCACGGCCGCUGCCUGAUCCUUCUGCCCCUGACGGUUUAAAGCGCACCAAGGACACGGGUCGCGUGUUGUACGAUGCGAAGGAGAGCACGUGCAUUACAUGCGGCAACAUGAUCAUGUGCAACCCGCGCAGCGCCACGUGCAUCUACUGCGACUGCCAGCUGGACGGCUUUCGGCCGUCGUACUGGAAGUGCACCAAUACCGAUGGCACCGCACGCAAGCGGGUGCUGACUGGCGCCGCGGCCGCACGGGCUGCCUCCGCUGCUGGCACUGCAACAGACUCCGGCACAAAAAGCGGCGGCAUGGGGUGCCGCGACCAUGACCUCCGUUUCCGAGGCAGACCCCGGUGCAAUUGCCCUCGCCUUCACGGUGCCAUCGCGGGGCAGGGUUGCUUUUGUUUGAGGACCAGUACAGGAGAGAAGGUAGGCGGUAGCUUCCUGGGAAGCGUACAGCAGCCCCGCUCACACAGCCCUCCUAAUUCCUAG